GUUACACGACCUGUUGCGGCUGUUCAAGAUCUCCAGCGAGCCUCCGCACACCAAGUACCUGUUUCUCGGCGACUUUGUGGACCGCGGCUUCUACUCGCUCGAGACGUUUCUGCUGCUGCUAUGCUACAAAGUGCGAUAUCCAGACCGCAUCUUUCUGAUCCGGGGAAACCACGAGUCGCGUCAGAUCACCAGCGUGUACGGGUUUUACGACGAGUGCAUGCGCAAAUACGGCUCCGCCAACGUGUGGCGCUACUGCUGCGACGUGUUUGACUACCUCGCGCUGGGAGCGUACAUUCUGAGUGGUGCGAGCGCGGACGGCGGCGUGCUGUGCGUGCACGGCGGACUGAGCCCGGCGAUCGAGACGAUCGACGAGAUCCGGCUGAUCGACCGCAAACAGGAGGUGCCGCACGACGGGCUCAUGUGCGACCUGCUCUGGUCGGACCCUGAGGAAAACAUCCCGGCCUGGGCGGUGUCGCCGCGCGGCGCCGGGUACCUGUUUGGCUACACCGAAACCGAGCGAUUCCUGUUCAAGAACAACCUCAGCCUCAUUGCGCGCGCUCACCAGCUGGUCAUGGAGGGCUACAAAGAGGUCUUUGACGGCGGCCUCGUGACCGUGUGGUCCGCACCCAACUACUGCUAUCGCUGCGGCAACGUGGCCGCCGUGCUGACUCUCGACGACAACCUCAACCGCAAUUACACCGUCUUUGACAGCAUGCUGCAGGACUGCUCGGAGAUCCCGUCCAAAAAACCCGUGGCCGACUACUUUCUGUGAAGGUGUCUUUUGCCACAUACGGCUGUCGUUGCCUCGAGGCAGACGUGCGCGACACAUAAAAUUUACAAGCCUGUUUCCGCAGAUCUCAGGCACAACAACAAGUUUUCUUUUGCUCCAUGACGGACACGAAAAACACGUCCACCCAGGACGUUCUCACGGCCGUCGCGACAAACGGCACCAUCUGCGGCGUGUUUGUGGUGCUGUUUCUGGUGCUCAGAGUCAGCUUCAAGCGCAUCUACCAGCCAAAGUCCAGCUUCGACAUUGUGCCCGACAGCGAGAAGCCCGCCCCGCUGCCGCAGGACCCGCUGACCUGGCUCUUCGUUUUGCUCAGAAAGCCGCCCUCCUUCAUCAUCCAGCAGGCCGGCAUCGACGGGUACCUGUUUCUUAGAUACCUGUUUAUCGUGGCCUGCAUGGCUCUGGGAGGCAUAGCCACAUGGCCCGUCCUGCUCCCUGUGAACGCCACGAACGGCAAGGGCGAGGACGGACUCGACCAGCUGGGCAUAUCCAACGUCAACGCGGCCGGCAGAUAUUACGCCCACGUGUUUAUAUCGUGGAUCUUCUACUGCGUGGUGCUGUUUGUGAUCUACCGCGAGCUGCACUUCUACUCCAGUCUGCGCAACCUCGUGCUCACGACGCCGGCGUACGCGAAAAAGCUCAGCUCCAGAACGGUCAUUUUCCAGACCGUCACAGACCAGUACCUCGACGAGCAGGAGUUUUUCAAGCUGUUUGAAGGCGUCAAGCGGGUCUGGGUGGCCAGGAGAAACAGACGGUUGUCUCGUGCGCUCAAGCGCAGACAAGAACUUGCAGACGCCCUCGAAGUGGCCCUGACGAAGCUGCUCAUGCGUGCUGUGAGGGAGAAAAUCAAGGCGGACAAGAAGGGCCGUGUCAUCGAGAACCCCGACGACCUCUCGUCGUAUGUGCCGCACAAGAAACGGCCCAAGAUGCGCAUCGGCGUGCCUAUUUUCGGUAAGAAGGUCGACACCAUCGAGUACUGCAAAGAGCAGCUGCCCAGACUCAACGACCUAAUCGAGGAGCACCAGUCCACGCUCGCGGGCACGCGGCCCAUGAACUCGAUCGCGGUCGAGUUCGAAAACCAGUACUACGCACAGCUCGCGUACCAGACCACGAUCCACGAUCUGCCGUUAUUUUUCUCUCCAAAACACACCAACGUCAAUCCAGAGGACGUCUACUGGCCCAACAUGCGUAUUUUCUGGUGGGAGCGGCUCAUGAGGUUCCAUGGCGCUGUGGCCGCGAUUGUGGCCCUGAUCGUGCUCUGGUCGAUCCCGGUCUCGUUUGUCGGUCUGGUGUCCAACCUCACGUACCUGACCAACAAAAUGCACUGGCUCGAGUUCAUCUACAACCUGCCGGACUGGCUGCUUGGCCUGAUCACAUCACUGCUGCCGACGGUGAUGCUGGCGCUGUUGAUGCUGCUGCUGCCGAUUUUUAUCAGGAGAAUGGGCCAGCUGUCGGGCUGUCUCACGGCCCAAAGCAUUGAAUACUUCACCCAGCAGGCCUACUUUGCAUUUCAGGUCAUCCAGGCGUUCCUUGUCACCACCAUCGCGUCUUCCUUUGCCUCCACUGUGACCCAGAUCGCAGAAAGGCCCACCGAGGCGAUGGACCUGCUCUCGGCCAACCUGCCGAAAGCGUCCAACUUUUACGUCUCCUACAUGGUGCUGCAGGGCUUUUCCAUUGCUGGCGGUACGCUGUUCCAGGUGGUCAGUCUGGUUUCGUUCUAUCUGUUCAGCGCCAUGUUUGACAACACUGUCAGAAAGCUCUGGACCAGAUUCAACAGCAUCGGCGGCUUUGCGUGGGGCACAGUGUUCCCGAUCUACACCAACCUGGCCGUGAUUUUCCUGUCGUACAGCAUGAUUGCCCCCAUCAUCAUGCUCUUCACCUUUGCCGGCUUUUCGCUCAUAUACAUUGCAUUCUUGUACACCGCAACCUACGUCUUUGGAAAAAGCGCCGACGGCCUGGGCAUGUACUACCCACGGGCCCUUUUCCAGACCAUGGUGGGUGUUUAUCUCGGAGAAAUUGUUUUGCUCGGCAUCUUUGUCGUGUCCAAAACAUGGGGCUGCAUCGUGCUGGAGGCCAUUCUGCUCGGCUUCACCGUCUUUGUGCAUCUUCAUCUCAACAAGGCGUACGACCAUCUGAUGACGGUAGUGCCAAAUACGGUGAUGAGACCGCUAGAUGGUGUGAGCGAAACACUGUCCUGGACCGCUCCACACGCCAACAGACAGUUCAACGAGCAAUCUCUGAGCUCGUGCGUUGAUUUCAAGGAACAAAUGUUACUGGCCGAUAAGCAGAAAGAGGAGUACAGAGACUCCAAAGUGCAAAAUUACAAGGCGUUCCAUGUUCCGUUGCUCGUGGAAGGUGACGACUUUGAUGACAGAAAACUGGGUCCAAUCAACCGGUUUCUAAGACCUCACAAGCAUUACACAUUCAAGAAGCUCAAGGCGUACCUUCCGCAUUCGUUCUACGACUUCCCCGUGGAGGACCCCGAAUGGGUCAAGCACGCGUAUGAUCUGCCAGAUAGAAGCGCAGCGUGCCCGACGCUGUGGAUUCCCCGGGACCCGAUGGGCCUCUCGGGAAAGUUGAUCAAGAAUUUGCACGGCGCGAUCAAGGUGAGCGACGAGAACUCUCUGUUCGAUAAGAGGGGCAAAGUCGUGUGGACGGGUCCGCCACCAGUCUGAAGGUCAGCAGGACCACCGAACCCAUCAUAUUUCAUUGGCUACGUCAAAGGAGAAGUUGAGGAGGAGAAAGUCUUUCGCAAUCGCUCUUGAGGCUGGGUUACUUUUUGGUGUUGCAUAUAUCCGGCUUGUAUGUAGCUUGAAUUUAGCCUGCUUCCCAAG